CCUGCUUCCUUCACUGAUCAAAAUGAUCAAAUUGCCAAACUGCUAGCAAAUGGCUUCUAUGGGAAAACAUAUAGUUUGUCUUCAGGGCAUACUCUGAAAGUACGUAUCAAAGCCGACUUAUCCUAUUUUGAUAUCGACAUGGCUAAGAAAAGAAGUAAAUUGAAGUCAAAUAAAACGCCACCGGAGACUAAACAACAUGUUGUGGAACCUAAAAAUGGGGUAUCCGAUGGACCAGUCACCUUUUGUAAAACUGUGCCGCCGAAGGUAUGCAGAUUAUGCGAAACAAAAGAUGGCCCUUUUCUCAAUAUUUUCGGCGGUGAAAAGAAUACCGCUAAGAAAAUAGACGAAUUAAUGCCUUUUGAGGUUGCCGAAAAUGAUGAGCUUCCUCACAACGUCUGCUUCCGCUGUUCUGCAAAAGUAGAAGAACUCCACGAGUUUGUCCAGAAAUGUAUUAAAACACAAAAUAAUUUAGGCAAUGCUAUGGGAAUACCUUUCUGUUUAGUUCUUAAGUCUAAAAGAGACCGGUCACUGUGGGAACAAAAACUCAAUAGGUCCAAUAUCACUAAUGACGAUAUAUGUGAUGCAGUAGUUAAAAAAGCUAUUGAGGAAAUGCAAGGAUCGCAAAAACAGGCACCUGUUAGAAAAGGUGUUACUGCGGCGAAACCGAAUACUAAGACGUCUUCACAUACAACUGCCACCGUAAAUGCUACAAUUAAUGAAGAAAAAUCUUGUAAUAAAACGUCUUUAAAUGGAACAACUUCUGGAGAUACAUCUAAUAGAACUUCUGUAACUGCUACUGUGGAAAAAAAAUCUUUUCUGAAACCAAAAGCGAAACCUGUAUCCACCAAAACCGUUACAUCUGAACCUGAAAGUUUCUUAGCGCUGGCUAGCGACGAUUCAAAUAUACCUAUAGUUGAAAUUAGAACAGAAAUCAUCGAGGAUGAAGAAACUGAAAAUAGUUUAGGCCCUCAGAAAACUGAUAAAAUUCCUUUUACUAGAUCAUUAAGAUCGAGUAAUUCUGAUACUGUACAUCAGGUUUCAGAGUUGGUAGUAAAUAACAAAAAUGUUGCUAAAGGUAAAAAUAAUAACAAUUCUACUCUACCAGAUAAAGAAAAAAGUAAAAUUAAUAUGAGUGAAAAUACUAUGAAGAAAAAUGUGGAGGCAGAAAAGACAGUAACGCCCAAGCCAUUUAAUAUUAUGGAUCAUAUCAGUAUCAUAAAGGUAAAUGGUGUGGGGGUUCUGUUUCAGUGCAGCAUGUGUAAAAGAAAUUUUCUGAAAAAGGACGUCGUGAUGUCUCACUGGUGUGCUAAAAAAGGAGUACCUAAGGAGGAUUUCACGAAGAUACCUCCGCCCCCUGAUCCUCCUAAAGUUCCAAAUAUAAAAUACAUUAACACAACCUCUGAUGGAAGUAUAAAAAAACAAAUUCUUGAUAGUAAAGUUAUCAAUGAAAAAAAUUGUCAAAAAUUAGAAGACCAAAAAUCUGUAGAAGUAAACAGAAGCUGUUUGGAAAAUAGACCCAAGCCUAAAAUGGGUCCAGCUAGUAAAGUAAAAAGGCCACCUGACAAUGCUCUCCCAGCUGUAGGAAUGUUGGUCACUCCAAAAGUGCCAUCUCCUCCACCAACAAAGAAUCAUUUGGUAAACUCUCCUGUUCAGGUUUCUGGUACAUUGGGUGCAAACUGUCAUUACAAGCUUGUGUCUGGGCCCAAUAAUACAUUUACUUUAGUUGAAAAAGAAAAAACGUCGAAACAAUAUUCACCACAGAAAAGGAAACUGAAUGCUGAUAAAAUAAUUACCAUUGGAAGCAAUGCUAAUGAACAAGUUGCACAAAAAGAAAUAACAAUUAGACAAUAUGCAUCAAAAAAAAGAAAGUUAAAUAACGAUAAUGAAAUGUCAAUUGAAAGCAAGGAUAAUGUCCCACAAACUUCUCGUCAUACAUCAGAGAGACCAGUUGUUUCUACGAAAGAUGCUCAACAGCCAUCUGUAAGUCAGCCAUAUCCAGUUGGACUAAUAAAAAACGUACCUCGUCAUGGUACGGAUACAGCUGUUACUCUUCCGACUCCAUUUACGACUUCUGCCCAGAAAAAGCAGUCUUACACAAUUGUCCAAACUGGCCAUCCUAAUAAACUUCUUAUAUCGGCUAAGCCGCAGCCACCAGCCCAGCAACCAGAAAAGAUAGAACUUAAGAAAAUAUCUGGACAACAAGUACGUGAACCAGUUCAACCCUUUUCAAUUACUCUUGUAGAAAAUCAACCAAAAGAUAUAGGUGACUUUUUCACAUUCAUCAACGUAGACCCAUUGCUACAGCCUUCGUAUGUCCUACCAACAGAUACUUUACUUCAAGAGUCUCAGAUAUCAAGAACACUCUCGCAAAACACCCAAAAUUCAUGUGGAAGUUCAAAUACUGUUAGCUAUACAUGUAAUAUGUGCAAUGAAACGUUUAGUAGAGAAAAGAAACUAUUAGCGCACAUUCAAUCUCAUUACAAUAGAAUGGACGAAGAAGACAAUUAUCGGUCGGACAAACCUAACCGGAAUCGAAGGAAGAAAAAGUAAUUAAGAUUAAUUAUUUCCCAGCGAUUAUUUUUAUAUGGUACAGGUAUAAACUGUAACGCCUGUACACUUAAGAUUAGCCCGCUAAUACUACUAUACCAUGCUCUGCCUACGAAGAACAUAAAAAACAGCCUGAAAUUUUAUGAUGAAACUGUCAUAUUCGUAAUUUUGGCCGUAACAGGUAACCAAUCGAUUAACUAUUACAGAAAUGGUGCCUGUGAAUUGCAUAUUAUAUGUAUUUGAUUUUGUAAAAUACCUGCCCUUACCUUAAUGUAACGGAUUUGUCGUGUCCAUGUCUGCUGCAGUCGGAGCCUAACUACUUUUGUUUUUAAAGAGAAAAUCGAAGUUACGGGGCGAUAUUGUGCAGCACAAUAGUUUACGUAGAGGUGUCAACACGCAGCUCUGUAAAGUUCUAUAGUUGUAUGUUGUAUAAUAGAGUAAGUUUAGUUUACACAUAAAAGUGAUUAAGCAGUAGAACGUAAGCGAAUAUUUAACUGAUUAAUUUACACAUUUCAACAUGCCUGCGCCAGGUUUAAUUAUGUAAUUAAAUAUGUUAUAAUUUCGAAGACAUGCCUUUAAACUCUUUAUUCGUACCUAAAGACGGUACCUACUGUAGCUCUAUAUAUUCUAAAAUACUUGUUGAUUUUAAUUGAUUUAAUUCAUUAUAAGUGAUAUUUAAAUUCAAUUAUAGUGUGUUGUGUGAUACUCCCUGUCUGGAUCACAUUUUGAAAUACUUUGAAUUACUUUAUUUAUUAUUGGUAUACACACGUAUAAUUAGAUAUUAUAUACCUUCUCGUAACUUCUAUUUAGCAAAACACUAUAGUUAUGCAACUUCUUUUGCAUAGAAUCUCUUACUUUAAGAGUUGUAAAAAUGUUUAAUGCAUCGACUUUGUUAACUUUUUUAUCAUUAAACUUAUGCUAAUCGAUAAAGUAGUGGGUGAUAUCUGAUCAAAACAUGUUUCCGGAAGCAGAAUACAGGCGUUUGGGUUUGUUAAUUAUUAUAGUUAUGACCAAAACUACCGAAAGGUUUAAAUUUAAAACGAAAAUUUAGUUAGAGGGGCUCUUUGGCUACCAGAAAGACCGCCAUGUAUGUGCAGUCACAAGAUAGAACCUGCACUCUUAAUUUUUGUAUUUCAAACUUGCAUAAGUCCACCAUUUCGGCACGAAGUUAACUGUAAGUGUAUUUCUGCGAUAUGGUCAGGAGGAUUAGCAUGCUUGUAUAUCAAAUAAUUACCAAGUGCAUCAUAAUAAAUUAGCAUGUAAAAAUAAAAUUACAGCAAUCGAUCAAUAUUUCAAUAAGUUUUAAGUACUUCCUGUUAAUGAUGCUAAUUCCUGUACACACCAUCAAAUUUUAUUUUAAGUUCUACCUGUCAUUUACUUAUCCGCUGAAAAAUAAAAGGACGGGUAUCAACAGCCAUAAAAUCUAUGAAACUAGUCAAUUUUAGGUAGAAAUUAAAAAAAAAACAAAAUACGGAGAUUCUGAAUUAGACCGUAUAUAUAUUUUUUUUAAUUAACAGUUGGCAACCAUCCGUCUCUUUCCUUUUCGGCGUAUAAUAAAUUGACAGGUAUAACAAAAUAAAAUUAGGAUGUGUCUGCAGGAAUCGGAACCACUAUCAUUGUUCUCCGCUAGACGGUGCUGUGUCAUCAAUUUUAUUCCUUUACUAGAUGCAUUUUCAUAUAAGAUAUUCAGUGUGCCUUAACAAGUUAUCAUAGAGUGACCACAAGAUCUUUAAUGUUACUAAUUGUAAAUUGUAAUUGUAAAUACCUAUCUACCGAGUGAGGUGGAAACAUUCGGAUAAAACAAAACAUAACUACUUAAGAAUUGAAGAUUGUGAUGUUUAUGUUUUUCUGACGAAUAUUUACCGUUUUGUGGAAUGUAGAUAGGUAUCAUAUUUAUAAGGUUUUGUGUACCUGUUUCAUUAUGAUUAGGAAACUCCAACCACCCAUAUUUGGUGCUCCUUACAAAAAAAGCUAGUAAAGUCAUUUAAUAUGCUUUUUAACUUUUAGCCGUAGCAUGGAGCCCGCAUAUUGCGCGUUACGUAAAUAUUAUAUGUUUCUACCAGUGAUAAUUGGUUUAUUUAUCGUAUGGCCAUUGGCGUUGGUUUAUUCAUAUAUCGCGUCCACACGAUAUGCGGGCUUCAUACUACAGCUACUGUUGGUCUUCUUAAUUAUUUUUUGUAAAUCUUAAAUUUGUCGCGUAUACGUACAUACUUAUACAGUUUAAAUCAUUGUAUUGCGUCACACAGAUUUUUACUGACCUACCUAACUUCUUAACUGAAGUAUUGUAAUAGUCGCCUUAUUGGCAUUGUUGGUAAAAACCGACACAGUGGUCAUUCUAAGAUAGGCGUAAAAUAGUAAAAUUGUUCACCAAAGUUUACCAACGACUGAUUACCAACAAGGGCGCUGAAGGCCUUAAUGACACAUGAGUUGGGAAUCGUUCUUUAUGCAACACCUAAUCGGAAAGUCCUUUCUUCCUUUUUGAAAAAUGGGGAUUAAACUACGGCAUCAGGAGGGAGGAUAGUGAGUGCUUCUAUAAUGUACUACUGAGCAUGGUAUAAUUUUUUUUUACUGAGUACAGUGAGUGAUUUAGCUUUAGACAUAAAUACAACUUUUCACUUGGUACUGCGUAAAAGUUUUAGCUAAGGAUUCACCCAACUCUUUGGGAGUUAGUCAACGGUCCUUAUAACCGGACGUAAAUUUUUCGAAUACUGAGAGACGAUGACGGAAAAUUCCACUUGAUAUUAACUCUGAAUCAUGGUCUAAAUCAUUCCCCUCAGUAUUGGUUACGAAGUCACUAACACCUGUAUAGGUGUGACAUAUAGGUUAACAAGGUAAUGUUGAAAGAAAACAUUUAACAAUUGAUUGGCGCUAUUUUGUUUUUAAGUAUUUUUUAAGAAGGUAUUUUAUGAAUAUGUACUAAACAUGAUAAAGUUAAAAAGAAAUAAUGUUUACUAAUAGUUAUUUUUAAUAAUUCAUUUUUCGAAAGGCCCGAUACAUAUUAUAAAUUUAAAUAAUUAACAUUCAAAAUACAUAAUCCGCCUAUUAAGUUAACACGGCAGAUCACCCUAUGUUCGGUUGCCUUUUCCCAUGGAACAAUCGAGAAUAAAAAUAAAAGGCUACAUUGUCUCACAGAGAAUAAAGCGCGCUUUUCCUCGCUGCUUUUACGUAAGGAAAGGACCAUUUUCGUGCUGGAGAGGUGAAAAAUAACAUUAUACUUACUUGUUAAAACUAUUACACCUCACUCACGCACGCCGUAUUGUUUUGACGAUAAUUUGUAAGAUUUUUUAUUACGUUUUUUUCAGCACAAUGAUCAAACCAUCACCGUAAACUAUUAACGAUUCACUACAUUCCGGAAUAACUAUACUUAUCUUUGUUUUGUAGUUUAUAUCGUAGGUAUUAUUCUAAGUAAUCGAAUGAAAGUUUAGAUAUUUAUUUUGUUUUGCACGAUGAUGCAUUUUAAGUUUUUUUUUAUUUGUUUAUUGUCAUCUUAUCUAACAAUGUGGGUUGAGGGCAAAAUAAAACUAUGCGAUUAUGUUAAUUGUUGUGAAUUGUUCCAUAUUAAGUGUUUAUUGUACGCUUUUAGGAGUUGAUACCACAGACUUAUUACAUGGCAGGUACCAACUGUGAAAUUGUCACAUCUCAAUGUCUGGGGUGGGUAUAGGUACUUGUUAAAAACACAUUUGGCUUAAAUCGUAAUUAAGGUAAAAUUUCUUAAUAAAUACCACGGUACCUAGGCAAUGGGAUGUGAGCUUAUGUGGUCUAAAAGUACACUGUAAAACCUACGUUAUCUUGGCGUGACUACGCAGAAUCAUAUUUUUAUAUUGCUACUUUCAUAUCACAAUUAAAAUAUAUUACAACGUUGGUUUUGCCAGGAUAGGUCAGGCCGAGUUACUGGGAAACUUUGAUAACGUUUUAUAAGUUUAAGAUAUUUUGUAAAUACAUAGAUUUCAGUGUAUUUUAUAAGUAUAUCAUUUCCUACUUUA